GCGGGCCGCGCCCAGCCGGCAGUGACGUGCCCCGCCCUGUAGCCGCGGGAUUCAAACUCCCGGAAGCGGCAUCCGCGCCUAAUGGUGUGACUCGGCCGACGCGAGCGCCGCGCUUUGCUUCAGCUGCUAGCUGGCCCAAGGGAGGCGACCGCGGAGGGUGGCGAGGGGCGGCCAGGACCCGCAGCCCCGGGGCCGGGCCGGUCCAGACCGCCAGGGAGGGCGGGUCAGUGGGAAGAUCGCGUCCGCGGGAUUCAAUCUCUGCCCGCUCUGAUAACAGUCCUUUUCCCUGGCGCUCACUUCGUGCCUGGCACCCGGCUGGGCGCCUCAAGACCGUUGUCUCUUCGAUCGCUCCUUUGGACUUGGCGACCAUUUCAGAGAUGUCUUCCAGAAGUACCAAAGAUAUAAUUAAAAGUAAGUGGGGAUCGAAGCCUAGUAACUCCAAAUCCGAAACUACAUUAGAAAAAUUAAAGGGAGAAAUUGCACACUUAAAGACAUCGGUGGAUGAAAUCACAAGUGGGAAAGGAAAGCUGACUGAUAAAGAGAGACACAGACUUUUGGAGAAAAUUCGAGUCCUCGAGGCUGAGAAGGAGAAGAACGCUUAUCAACUCACAGAGAAGGACAAAGAAAUACAGCGACUGAGAGACCAACUGAAGGCCAGAUAUAGUACUACCGCAUUGCUUGAACAGCUGGAAGAGACAACGAGAGAAGGUGAAAGGAGGGAGCAGGUGUUGAAAGCCUUAUCUGAAGAGAAAGAUGUAUUGAAACAACAGUUGUCUGCUGCAACCUCACGAAUUGCUGAACUUGAAAGCAAAACCAAUACACUCCGUUUAUCACAGACUGUGGCUCCAAACUGCUUCAACUCAUCAAUAAAUAAUAUUCAUGAAAUGGAAAUACAGCUGAAAGAUGCUCUGGAGAAAAAUCAGCAGUGGCUCGUGUAUGAUCAGCAGCGGGAAGUCUAUGUAAAAGGACUUUUAGCAAAGAUCUUUGAGUUGGAAAAGAAAACGGAAACAGCUGCUCAUUCACUCCCACAGCAGACAAAAAAGCCUGAAUCAGAAGGUUAUCUUCAAGAAGAGAAGCAGAAAUGUUACAACGAUCUCUUGGCAAGUGCAAAAAAAGAUCUUGAGGUUGAACGACAAACCAUAACUCAGCUGAGUUUUGAACUGAGUGAAUUUCGAAGAAAAUAUGAAGAAACCCAAAAAGAAGUUCACAAUUUAAAUCAGCUGUUGUAUUCACAAAGAAGGGCAGAUGUGCAACAUCUGGAAGAUGAUAGGCAUAAAACAGAGAAGAUACAAAGACUCAGGGAAGAGAAUGAUAUUGCUAGGGGAAAACUUGAAGAAGAGAAGAAGAGAUCCGAAGAGCUCUUAUCUCAGGUCCAGUUUCUUUACACAUCUCUGCUAAAGCAGCAAGAAGAACAAACAAGGGUAGCUCUGUUGGAACAACAGAUGCAGGCAUGUACUUUAGACUUUGAAAAUGAAAAACUCGACCGUCAACAUAUGCAGCAUCAAUUGCAUGUAAUUCUUAAGGAGCUCCGAAAAGCAAGAAAUCAAAUAACACAGUUGGAAUCCUUGAAACAGCUUCAUGAGUUUGCCAUCACAGAGCCAUUAGUCACUUUCCAAGGAGAGACUGAAAACAGAGAAAAAGUUGCCGCCUCACCAAAAAGUCCCACUGCUGCACUCAAUGAAAGUCUGGUGGAAUGUCCCAAGUGCAAUAUACAGUAUCCAGCCACUGAACAUCGCGAUCUACUUGUCCAUGUGGAAUACUGUUCAAAGUAGCAAAAUAAGUAUUUGUUUUGAUAUUAAAAGAUUCAAUACUGUAUUUUCUGUUAGCUUGUGGGCAUUUUGAAUUAUAUAUUUCACAUUUUGCAUAAAACUGCCUAUCUACCUUUGACACUCUGGCAUGCUAGUGAAUCAUGUAUCUUUUAGGCUGCUGUGCAUUUCUCUUGGCAGUGAUACCUCCCUGACAUGGUUCAUCAUCAGGCUGCAAUGACAGAAUGUGGUGAGCAGCGUCUACUGAGACUACUAACAUUUUGCACUGUCAAAAUACUUGGUGAGGAAAAGAUAGCUCAGGUUAUUGCUAAUGGGUUAAUGCACCAGCAAGCAAAAUAUUUUAUGUUUUGGGGGUUUUGAAAAAUCAAAGAUAAUUAACCAAGGAUCUUAACUGUGUUCACAUUUUUUAUCCAAGCACUUAGAAAACCUACAAUCCUAAUUUUGAUGUCCAUUGUUAAGAGGUGGUGAUAGAUACUAUUUUUUUUUCAUAUCGUAUAGCGGUUAUUAGAAAAGUUGGGGAUUUUCUUGAUCUUUAUUGCUGCUUACCAUUGAAACUUAACCCAGCUGUGUUCCCCAGCUCUGUUCUGCACACGAAACAGUAUCUGUUUGAGGCAUAAUCUUAAGUGGCCACACACAAUGUUUUCUCUUAUAUUAUCUGGCAGUAACUGUAACUUGAAUUGCAUUAGCACAUGCUGGUUAGCUAAAAUUGUUAAAAUAAAUUUUAAUAAACCCAUGUAGCCCUCUCAUUUGAUUGACAGUAUUUUAUUUAUUUUUGGCAUUCUUAAAGCUGGGCAAUGUAAUUAUCAGAUCUUUGUUUGUCUGAACAGAUAUUUUUAUACAUGCUUUUUGUAAACCAAAAACUUUUAAAUUUCUUCAGGUUUUCUAACAUGCUUACCACUGGGCUACUGUAAAUGAGAAAAGAAUAAAAUUAUUUAAUGUUUUAA